CCGGCAUUGGGGACGGGCCGAGCAGCAUGCUGGCUGCGGUGCCCGCGGCCAGCGAGCAAAGCCCGUGUGCCUGACCCACCGGUGGUGCCGGGGCGCAUGGCUGCAGCCAUCGCCAGCUCCCUGAUCCGCCAGAAGAGACAAGCCAGGGAGCGGGAGAAGUCCAAUGCCUGUAAGUGUGUCAACAGCCCCAGCAAGAGCAAGGGAAGCUGCGACAAGAACAAGUUGAAUGUGUUUUCCAGGGUCAAACUCUUUGGCUCCAAGAAAAGGCGAAGAAGGCGACCAGAGCCUCAGCUUAAAGGUAUAGUAACAAAGCUAUACAGCAGGCAAGGAUACCACUUGCAGUUGCAAGCAGAUGGAACAAUUGAUGGAACAAAAGAGGAGGACAGUAGUUAUACUUUGUUUAACCUCAUUCCUGUGGGUUUACGAGUGGUGGCGAUUCAGGGGGUUCAAACAAAAUUGUAUCUGGCAAUGAACAGUGAAGGAUACCUAUAUACAUCAGAACAUUUUACACCUGAAUGCAAGUUCAAAGAAUCAGUAUUUGAAAACUACUAUGUGACGUAUUCUUCAAUGAUCUACAGACAGCAACAGUCUGGCCGGGGUUGGUAUCUGGGUCUUAACAAAGAAGGAGAAAUAAUGAAAGGAAACCACGUGAAGAAAAACAAACCUGCAGCACACUUUCUUCCAAAACCAUUAAAAGUGGCCAUGUACAAAGAGCCUUCUCUCCAUGAUCUCACAGAGUUCUCAAGAUCUGGAAGUGGGACCCCAACAAAGAGCAGAAGUGUUUCAGGAGUGCUAAACGGGGGUAAAUCCAUGAGCCAAAACGAGUCAACGUAGCCAGGUUCAGGCAAGCCAAGUGCUCUCUAAACAGAACCUUACCUCUGGAUGCAGUUGAAUUCUUACUAGCAGUCUUUCAUCCAAACGUUCAAUUGCCCAGGACAAGCCACCGAACUUGCAUAGGUCACUCGUUUAUCAGCCAUUAGAUCUACUGGUUGUCAAAGGAUAUACCCCAAUAAUGUAGAAUAUGCUUGUGCAUAUCACAAGGCACUUGGAUAGCCAGAAAACAUAACUGCGGAAUAAAUCUCGGAGAAGAAAUGUCCAGCUCUUUCUCUCUCUCUCUCUUUCUCUCUCUCUUUUUCCUAUGCUUUGUGGAAUACGAAACAAAAACAUUUCACAGCAUUCACUGCUGAUAAGAAUUUGCUUUCCAACUCAGAAAAAGACCACUUUUGCUCUUCAAAGGAAAUUUUAAUGCUUGUAUGUUUUAUAGGGGCAA